UUUUCCCAGGAGAGAAAAGGUUCAAAAGCAAAUGAUAAUGACAAGAUUAACAAGUUGGGGUUGUGUUUUGUGGAUUUCAGUUGCAAUGGCUUCUUUGAUGGGGAGCUCAGGUGCUGGCUCAUCCUCUUCGGCAAUUCUUAUAAAGGUUGAUCCGUCAGGAAGAGGAGAUUAUAAGAAGAUUCAGGAUGCCAUUGAUGCUGUUCCCUCUAAUAACGCUGAAUUAUACUUCAUUUGGAUUAAACCAGGCAUUUACAGAGAGAAGAUUGUGAUACCAGACAAUAAGCCCUUCAUAACAUUAAGUGGCACAAACGCCAACACCACCAUAAUAACUGGGUCAGAUGGUAGCAGCGUAGUCACCUCUGCAACUCUCACUGUCCUUGCUUCUAAUUUUGUAGCAAGGUUUCUCACCAUUCAGAAUACAUAUGGGCCAGGAAUCCAAGCGGUUGCAUUAAGAGUAUCAGGAGACAAAGCAGCUUUCUAUGGAUGCAGAAUCAUUGCUUAUCAGGACACUCUCUUUGAUGACAAUGGCAGACACUAUUACAACAAUUGUUAUAUUGAAGGAGCCAUUGACUUCAUUUGCGGAAAUGCUCUCUCUCUCUUUGAAAAGUGUAGCCUUCAUUCAGUCUCUGAUGGAAAUGGUGCCAUCACUGCACAACGCCGAUCGUCGCCAUCGGAGAAUACAGGUUUCAGUUUUAUCAAUUGCAAGGUCACAGGAACGAGAAGUGCCAUCUUAGGAAGGCCAUGGGGAGCUUACUCAAGGGUGGUGUUUGCCCUCUCUUAUAUGGCUAAUGUUGUGUUGCCUCAGGGAUGGGAUGACUGGAACAAUCCUUCCAAUCAAAGGACUGCGUUUUACGGUGAAUACAGGUGCUAUGGGGCGGGGUCCGAUGUAUCCAAGAGAGUUGGAUGGUCCCACCAGCUUUCAAGUGCAGAGGUUGCACCCUUCUUGACCAAAUCCAUGAUCAACGGCCGGGAAUGGCUUAUGCCUUCCCCUACACGUUUUAGAAGGGCCUCUACUACUUCUGUUGAAAAGGUGGAUAACAAAUAAGGUGUAUGGAAAUGAAAAGAAAAUGAAAUUUCAAGGGCCACCUUGUGGACGUAUUUCCUUUUUUAUUUUAUUUUUUUAUUUUUUAUAGUAAUUCUUUAAUUGAUUGCAC